AUGGACGACUCGUCGCCCCCCGAGAGUAUCGACAACACCAAGGAGAAGAAGAAGAGCAGAAGACCCGCGAAUACCGCGUUUCGCCAGCAACGAUUGAAGGCAUGGCAGCCAAUCCUCACGCCUAAGACGGUCAUUCCGCUCUUCUUCGUCAUAGGAAUUAUAUGCGCACCUAUUGGUGGACUAUUGAUUUAUGCUAGCUCUACAGUUAAAGAACUUCGCAUCGAUUACACCGACUGCUUUCGGAAUUCUCCUACCAACGAAGCCAAACUAAUGGACACGAGUUUGGUCUUUCCAUCUUUCAGAGAUAACAAUACAAUCAACGCCAUGUGGCAACAUUCUUUAACUAACCAAAGUUAUGGCAACCACCUUGUUCAGAAUCUCACCAAGUGCACUCUGACAUUUGCGAUACCUGAAGAGAUGGCCCCUCCAGUUCUUCUCUACUACCGCCUUGAAAAUUUUUACCAAAAUCAUCGCCGCUACGUCCAGUCCUUCUUUGAUAAACAGCUUGCCGGCGAUGAUGUCUCACUUGUCGAUGUUUUUGAUUCCAAUUGCGAGCCCCUAGCUACAACUAAUGGUACACAUCCGAACUCGAGAGCUUAUUAUCCUUGUGGCCUGAUUGCCAACUCGUUAUUCAACGACACGUUCCAAAGCCCCAUAUUUUUGAACCCACCAGGUUCAAAUGGUCCAGAGGGUAACGAGACUUAUGUUAUGAAGAACACUUCGAUCGCCUGGGAAUCGGAUAAAGAGCUAUAUAAGCCCAGGGUGAGCACCGACUAUACCGGAAUCGUCCCGCCCCCUAACUGGCAGAUCCGGUAUCCCGAUGGCAACUAUUCUACUGAAAAUCCUCCGCCCAACUUGCACGAAGACGAACACUUCAUUGUGUGGAUGCGUACAGCGGGUUUGCCGACUUUCAGCAAACUGUAUAUGCGGAACGAUACGAGCCCUAUGAGAAUAGGUAUCUAUUCUAUGGAUAUUAUUGAUAAUUUCCGUACGGAUCAGUACCAGGGCAGGAAGAGUAUUGUCAUUACAACGCUGUCCGUCAUGGGCGGCAAAAACAACUUCCUAGGUAUUCUGUGGCUCGUUGUCGGUGGCUUCUGUAUCGUAUUAGCGUUAGUGUUCCUCGUCACGAAUCUUAUCAAGCCCCGGAAGCUCGGUGACCACACCUAUCUAUCGUGGAACAACGCCCCAUCCUCCGCGGCCGCGAAGGGCAAAGGCAAGGCGUCCGGCCCAACGAUAGGUAUGGCGACCGGUCGCGAUCUGUCGUAG